ACACACAUUCUCCAUUAACAAAUCUUAGUGGCCUCUUUGUUUAGUCUUCAAUCUUCACUUCUCUUUCUUUCUUUCAUUCUUUCUCCUUGUCCAAUCUUUCGGAGCUUGAGGGGUCAUAAACAGAGCACUCUGUUUUUUCAAUCACCUCCUCUUUCACCAACCCACCAAACAUUAUUCAUUCCUAGUCCUAACAAUCCCUUGUCUUCUUCAAGUUUUUUUUGAAGAGAAUUCUUUCCAAAGCCUCAAUUUCCUCUAAUGGUGAGUUUCAUUGAAGAGAGAACGAAGAUGACAAGUCAAAAUGUGGUAAUCUCUGAUGCCAAAUCUGGUCUCAACAUGGCCAUCACUGUCGCCGUAUCCAACUCCUCUAUUUUCACAGCCGCCGCGCAGAAGCCACCUCCGCCGCCCGGCUACAUCGCCUUCUCCAGGAAGAAGCUGCUGAACGUCGAGAUUAAUGGAGGCGCCAGAAUAAAUGCUUGGGUGGAUUCAAUGAGGGCUUCUUCCCCUACCCAUAUCAAAUCUACACCUUCUCUUGCCGAUGACCAGAGUUCCUGGAUGCUUCAUCAUCCGUCAGCUCUAGACAUGUUUGAGCAGAUAAUUGAUGCUUCGCAAGGGAAACAAAUAGUCAUGUUCUUGGACUACGACGGCACACUUUCCCCCAUUGUUGAUGACCCAGAUCGAGCUUUCAUGUCCAAAAAGAUGAGAAGAACAGUAAGGAAAUUAGCUAAAUGCUUCCCUACUGCUAUUGUGAGUGGAAGAUGCAGAGACAAGGUGUAUAAGUUUGUGAAACUAGCAGAACUGUACUACGCCGGAAGUCACGGCAUGGACAUUAAAGGACCAGAGAAGGGGUCUAAGAACAAGAAAGACAGUGAAUCUGUUCUGUUCCAACCCGCCAGUGAAUUUCUUCCCAUGAUCGAUGAGGUUUACAAACAACUGGUUGAGAAAAUCAAAUCAACCCCAGGAGCCACGGUGGAGAACAACAAGUUCUGUCUUUCUGUUCAUUACAGACGGGUAGAUGAAAAAAGAUGGAAUGAAUUAGCACAGCAGGUUAAGUCAGUGUUGAAGGCGUACCCGAAGCUUCGAUUACUCGGGAAAGGAAGU